CUGCACGCCCCAAUGUUGCGCUUGCGCGAGAGCUUUGAAGGAACCUAAGGGAAGCACAACGAGUUGAGCACCGUGCCGCUCAUUGCUGAGAGAAUCGGCAUUCUGAUAUACUGUAAAAUGAUGAAGUUUCUACCAAGGUUACUUUUACUGUUGCUACUAGCCUUUCCAACAACGAUUAUAAUGAAAGGACCAUUGGUAGCAGCACAGGAUGCUACAGAGGACGAGGAGGCUGCCGAUGAAGAUUUAGGAGAUGAUGUGAUUGCCGAGGAGGAUGACGAGGCCGAAGUGGAGGAUGAUGAACACACGGAGUUGACGGAAGAAAAAGAGGAAGAGGAGGAGGAAGAAGCACUAACGGGAGAGGUCAAGGCCUCUCCGCAUGCCGAUACAACCAUUCUCUUUGUAAAAGGAGAUGGUGAGUACUUCCCAGCCAACAACAUUGUGAAGUUCCUGAUGGGCUUCACCAACAAGGGCGCGGAGAACUUUGUGGUGGAGUCCCUGGACGCCUCCUUCCGCUACCCGCAGGACUUCCAGUUCUACAUCCAGAACUUCACGGCCCUGCAGCUGGGCCUCGUGGUUCCCCCUCAGCGCCAGGCCACCUUCGAGUACUCCUUCAUCCCCGCCGAGCCCAUGGGAGGACGCCCCUUCGGCCUGGUCAUCAACCUCAACUACAAGGACAGCAAUGGCAAUGUGUUUCAGGAUGCAGUGUUCAACCAGACUGUUACCGUCACAGAGAGGGAGGAUGGCUUGGAUGGAGAGACGAUCUUCAUGUACGUCUUCCUCUCUGGUCUUGGACUCCUGGCUGCCGUUGGGCUUCACCAGUUGCUGGAGUCAAGAAAGAGGAGAAGACCUGUUGCUAAGGUGGAGAUGGGUACCUCUAGCCACGGUGAUGUCGACAUGGACUGGAUCCCCCAGGAGACGCUUAAUCAGAUCAUGCAAAGUCGGAGAGACAAGGCGUCCCCCCGAAGGUCGCCCCGCAAGAGGACGCAGAAGCGCUCGGCAGGCUCAGACGAGUGAGGGGCCCGGCCAGGCCAGGCCAGGCAGGCAUGGCACAGUUGCUGGUUGGUCACGUGACACUGUGGCCGCACUGCGCUUCAUGAUC